AUGCUUAAAGGAAUCCUGCGACUGUUCAAGCGAAAGCGGGCGAGACCGACAAAAUUCGCAAGGUCAAUCAUGCAGUACUCUCCCAGCCCAUGUAGGAUGGUGUCUAAUCCAGGUAGCUUUCGCAGACUCCCUCAGCACGCUGUCAAUGUCCCACCCUUGCCGACACCACCUAGCCAGCCGUUUGUACUGACUGAAUUCGAUACCACCACGAGUCUCCCCCAGCUAGAGUGCGAAGUGCCGCUAGAGAUUUACAUGCGAAUAUUCCAAAUAGCAGCAGAGGAAUCCCAGUCUUCGUAUCGCAAUCUUCUCCUCACGUCGAAAGCGAUCUACUCUCUCGUUCACAUGAUAUAUUUGCCUUGCACAAUACGUUUACAGACCGAGAAGGAUGCUAGGGAAUUCCAUCGCAUUCUAUUGGAGAAGGAAGGAUAUGGAACGAAGAUACGACACCUAUGGAUGACCGGCACAUCCAUAUCGCCCAUCGUGUACCAACAUCAUUCUCCCCGAAAAGACGUGACUUCCUACCAAGUGCUGCAACAGGACAUCGUAGAGCGUACGAACAACCUGGAAACGCUCGCAUGCCCCUUUCAUGUCUUCUUCGCCAUGUGUGUUCAAACCGAGCCACCACUCCCAAGCACAUCGCUCCCAACUCGCGCCUCCCGUUAUCCCUAUCUGAAGGAGCUUACCAUCCUUGACCAAUCCAACCAUUUCGACUUGUCACGUUUCUCACUCCCCAAACAAAUCACUCAUCUCGCAUUCCUCGACCACCCCAGCAACUCUCGACAUGAAAAUCCCACCUUGCCGCAAAUCUCGAGCUACUUCCCAUCGGUCGAAUACCUGUCGCUGGAGAUCUGGAUGCGUGAUCCAUUCAGUGAAUUAGUCAGAUGCAAGGAGAUCGGGAGGGCGAUGUUGGAGUUCAAAUACCCUCGAAAGCGGUUAACGUUAACGUCCAUGCAUCAGAGUGACCUAUACAGGGAGUAUGGAGCCAAGGAAAACGGCUCAUUCAUCCUUCGAAUCGGGAGAAUGGAGUAUUAUCAGUGGUGGGAGGAUAGGACGCGAGGGAUUGGGCUGGAUGGUAUCUGGGAGCGACCCGCAUAG